GUACCAUUAUUGAGAAGAGAACCAUAUGUUUAGUUCUUUCGGUGAAGAGUAGGUUUGGAAUUUCGUGCUCCCGCAUCGGAGCAGUUGGCAAGAUGCAGAUCUUUGUGAAAACUCUCACUGGGAAGACAAUUACGUUGGAAGUUGAAGCUUCUGACUCAAUUGAAAAUGUUAAAUCUAAAAUUCAAGACAAAGAGGGCAUUCCUCCUGACCAACAGAGAUUAAUCUUUGCUGGCAAGCAGCUUGAAGAUGGCCGUACUUUGAGCGAUUAUAACAUUCAGAAGGAGUCAACGUUACAUCUCGUGCUGCGCCUGCGUGGUGGCGCCAAGAAGCGCAAGAAGAAGAAUUACACUACGCCUAAGAAGAUCAAGCACAAGCACAAGAAGGUCAAGCUGCCUGUUCUCAAAUAUUACAAGGUGGACGAUAACGGCAAGAUCACGCGUCAACGUCGUGAGUGCCCAGGCGAAGAUUGUGGUGCUGGUGUCUUCAUGGCCAACAUGUUUGACCGCCAGUACUGCGGCCGUUGCCACCUCACUUAUGUCUUUAAUAAGCCCGAGUAAAGGUGACGCUCCGU